ACGAGAUAUCUCUGCCAUACACGCGUCCACUUUUAAUGCAUCAAUUUUGCGCGCUCUAUAGGCUAUGCCUCUCUUACUCGCAGAGGGCAGUGCUCCUGCAACCGCUCCAGUCCAUCGCUCCGAGAAGGCAAUGGCUUCUCGAUACAGCUCGUUCGACUCUCGAUCGUCGACCCAGUCUCACCAAUCCGACCCAUCUUCAUCCACCGAUCUCAAACCCAAAAGUUCAUUCCUCAAACGCUUCACAGGCGGCUCCACCGCCCGACGGAACCAGUCUCCGGCAUUGGUGGAGCGAAAUUCCUCUCGGGCCAUCGUCAAGGCCAAUUCAGCAUCGGACCUAGCUGCUGCUGCUGGUCAGGUGAAGAAGAUGAGGAACGACCAGAACUUGAGCGCCAUGGUGAAGAAGUUUAUGGCGGCUAAGCCCAAGAAAAAGCCGACGAAUUUGGUUAUUGCCGCGGAUAUCUUGGCAGAGGAUUUGAAGAAGACGACGCGGAAGGGAUCGGAUUUCUCGGGUCUGAAUCGCAAGUUGUUUAGUGAGGGAGGGAGUAAGAGUAAGGCUUUGACGGAGGUGAAGUCGAACACCAGGACUUUGGCUAUGGUGCUUAGAAGUGAAAGGGAGCUUUUGAAUCAGAACAAGGAUCUGGAGUUGGAGAUCGCCGAGCUCAAGAGCAUCCUAGAGCAGAAAAAUGGAGAGGUGGAGAAAUUGAAGGAUCUGUGCUUGAAGCAAAGGGAAGAAAUAAAAUCCUUGAAGAGCGCCGUACUAUUCCCGGAUGAAACGCACCCACAGGUUCAGGAGGUGUUGGAGAAACAGGGUUCAGAACUGAAGCAGGCAAAACAACUGAUCCCUAACCUGCAAAGACAGGUCACUUCACUGACGGGCCAGCUUGAAUUCCUUGCUCGGGAUCUUGCUGAGGUGAAGGCAGCAGGUAGGGGGUAUAAUGAUGCUCAUUUGAACUCUCCAAGUCCAAAGUCGCCAGCAUAUGUUCAAGAACAUUCUGCUAAUUCUCUGGAAUUCAGCUACGAGGAGAACACGCCACCAGGCAGCCCGGGUGACAUGUUCCUCAAGGACCUAAAUCCCUGCUUAACACCAUAUAACAAUACCAAGGCGAAGUCAGCGGUGUGUAAAUUAUUCUGUCAAGAAUUUGAGGGGAUGGGCUAUAAUCAUUCUCCACAAGAAGACGAGUCUUUCUGGUAACAUGCAGUUAUGCCGUGAGACCUCGCUUGCAUUAAUGCUUCAUCUUCAGGGCAUGUAUAGCGCAGCCGGCAGACGAGAUGAAAACAGAUGCAUGUUCAAGCGUACAGAGGAAUUAAGCAGCAAAUGAAGCAUUUUGAUUUUGAUAGCUUUCUAUGCGUUUGGAUCUAAAGUACUCUUUUAGCUUUCUAGUUUCUGCUCUUUACUGUAUGGCACAAUAGUAGCAGGCAGCCCUUCAACUUUAAUAUCCUGGACUCCUUAUCAAAUAUGAUGUCAUUUGGGCUUAAGAAUCGCCGAAUAACAAGUUUAUCUUUUUGGA